AUGCUGAUGACGAAUUUAACGGUGACGACGACCACGGAGAAAGUUCUUUGGAGUAAUGGGAUCGAAUUGACAGAUCGACCACUAAUCCAGGUACGAAAAACUGCAGCCAAACAGUUUUAAAAUUGUGUUUUCUUCAUAGAUAAAGAAAAAGAAAACAUCAAAAGCCAUGACCUUUUAUUUUCUAUCUUCCCUGCUGCUGGUAAUCCAAUAUUUUUUCGUACAAAAAUUCUCACUUAAAACAUCAAUCUUUGUUGUUCUGCUUGGGUUCUCCCAAUAAUCGAAUUUCAUGCAGCUGGCAACUCUUGAGGAAAAAAACCAAAAAUUAGGGAAAGUACUGAUUUUUGAGCACUUGCAGAAAGAAAAACAUCUGGACUUUGAUUUAAAUUUAAAACAAAGUCAAAAAUGUUAUCAAUGGAGCGCAUAUACUCAACCCAACUGAAAGAGAAUCAAAUAGUCAAAUAUUUCAGACAGUCAUAUUAGCAUCUGUCUUACUAUUGCUCAUAUUAUCAUGUGUUAUCGGCAAUUUCUUUGUGAUUUUGGCGAUUCUGUCGGAACGUGAUUUGCGCGGUCGUCCACAAUAUUAUUUGAUCUUUUCGUUGGCCGUCGCAGACCUAAUUGUAAGUUUUUUCUUUUUUUCUGGAAUGUAUCAUGCCUUCUCGAUUUUCUUCCCCAGCUAUCCAGAAAAAAAAACAAAUUGGAUUCUUCUGAAAUUUGAUUUUUUCGCCCUUCCCCGGCUUUUUCCGUGCAAUUUGCCACAUUUUUUGAUGUGAUGAGAUUUAUUCGCGCGGUCGGCUGAUGUGAGGAGCCAAAUGAAUUUGAGAGACAAAAAGAAUAAAAAGGACAUGAAAUAAUGAAUUGAAAUGGAAAUUUGGGUUGGGUUGGGUUGCAAAAAAAAUAUCUAUUUUGUUAUGUGUUUUUUGGAGGAUGUAGAGGGAUUUUUUAAAACAGAUCAGAUUACUAAUUUUUGUGUGUCUCUCUGCCUUUUGUUGUUUUUUCAGCGGAUUUUAUUGUUUUUUUUUUCGAGAAAAGAACACAUGGAAUUGAAAUUCACGGAAAAGAAGAAAAAUGAAAUUUGAAAAAUUAAUGAAUUUAUGGAAUUUCGAAAAUACUUACGUCAUUUUGAAAUGUGUAAAUUCACCUAUAACUUCAGAAUUCCAAGAAAUUGAUCAAAUCUUCAAUAGGGACUAGUUUUUCGUUCUAGUCCCCCUUGAGUGAAGUUUGAAUUUUUAUAAGUUUGAAUUUUUCUAGUAUCCUAAAAUAUGUUAUUUUGGUCUCUUCGAGAAAAAACAGAAAGUCUACUCAUAUUUGUUUUUCGACUUUUUUCCUGCCUUCUUUUCUUCCUUCCAAAAAACAAUAGUUCCAUAAAUUUUGGAUCCAUUCAGUCAUUCAGUCUCUUCUUCUUCUUUCCUAUCCUUCUCAAAACACACAUAUUCAUUUCGACUAUGUACAAUAAAUAUUGAGGGGGAGCUACUUACUUAUUUUAAGAAUGAAACAGAACAAGUAGAAGAAGCAUGAGGAGAAGGGCACGCUUCGCACAAACAUGAAAUAAUUGGAUUCGAAAUUAGCCAAAUCAAAUUUUCGUUACGCCCGGUCACAUGCACCUUUCUUUUUCGUUUGCUGAAGAAAAUGUUGCUCAAAAAAGUUACAACAAAAACACAUUUCUGCAGAAAAAAAUUAGCUUCUCAGAGUAAAGAUCUUGAAUGGAUUUACUAACAAGGAAACCUUUUUUACUCAACACUUCAAAUCUUGAUGAAAUUUUGUCCAUAGACAGCUUUUGGGGCCAUAAGAACACCCUAAAAAUUUUAGUCUCCCAAUGGACCUCUGAGCCAAGUUCUGGGCUCUCAAAAGUUCAAAAAUUGCCAAAAUUGGCUCAUAAAACACGUCAUAACUCAAUUCUCGAUCAAUUUUAUGAAAAACUGAGUAGCAGAUGAUGAUCAGCGUGGUCGAUUUACCCAAAAAACAUCAAUAAAUCAAAAUUUCAGAAAAAUUUUUGAUUUUGAAAAAAAGAAUGAGCAGGGGCACAUAUGAAUUUUCAUGAAUUUUCAGCCGAAAAAUAAAAAACUUCCAAAUUUUUCGAAAAAAUAUGUUUUAUUGAUUUAGUUUUAGGUAAUCGACCAUGCUGAUCAAUAUCUGAAACUUUAUUUCUCCCAAAAAAAUUUUUGAAAUGGAGCUAUGAUGACUUUUAUGACCAUUUUUAGGCCUUUUUGAGUUUUUGAGAGCCCAGAACUUGGCUCAGAGGUCCAUUGGGAGACUAAAAUUUUUAGGCUGUUCUUAUGGCCCCAAAAGCUGUCUAUGGACAAAAUUUCAUCAUGAUUUGAAGUGUUGAGUAAAAAAGGUUCCCUUGUAAAAACAAACCGAUUCUGGAGAAAAGGAAAAAUCCGGUUAUUAUGAGCAAUGACCUUCUGAAUUUCGCUCCAUUACUGUAGGUAGCUAACAUGAGCAAUCACGAGAUUACUGCAUUGAAAUAAAUUCGGAUUGUUCCUUCAAAAUUGGACAGGGUUAUCGUAGACUAAUAUGAGCAAUCCCAUUUCUAAAUAUUUCAUUCAAAAAAAUGCCACUUUCUUUGAUUUUUACCGUUUCUUUGAACAUUUCAUUUCAUUUUUUCGUUGCCUCGUGUUUUCUGUUUUUUUUUUUCAAGGGAUCGGAUGUCCCUUAUGAAAUUAAAUUACAAGGGGGCUAUUCAAGUACACAAGAAGUGUGAGGAGAGAAAAAACGAGAUGAUACUCGUCGAAAUUGAAUCUAAACGAAAUGCGAAAAAUUGGAUUUUGAGAAGUUUUGUGUGACAUUUUUUCUAGGAGAGUAAGAGGAAAGAGGGAUUUUGAAAUUGAAAAAUUCACUCAUAAAUUAAGUUGGUUACGUCUUUCGCUAUCAAAUUUCAAAUUUUUUGUUGAAACACAGCUAUUAAAUAAUUCACGUGGGAGCAAAAGGUUUGCUUCCUUCCGGCGAGCGACAAAACUCAAAUUUCGCAUUGUUCUUUCUUCCUACAACAAUUAUCUUUUUCGACUUUUUUCUUGCAAACGCCAACACAAAAAAAGUUCCUUGUUUCGGAGAAAAAUAAUAAUUGGUGAACUAAAUACGAAGAAAAAAAUAAAUUAGAUAAAGCUUGAAUAUUUUUAGAAGCGGGAAGUGAGUGGUGUUUAAAAAUUCGCGAAUGUACCUAAUUAAAUUCAUUUCAUUUUAUUUUAUUUUGGAAAGAGGGAGAAAACAGAGAGAAAUUGGGUGUUUUUCGGGACUCAAAGUACAAAACACACGGAAAUCUGAAAAUGUACUUGAAAUUUCUGAAUUUUUCUGGCUAUAACUGUUUUAAAACAUCUAUGAAGUUAUGUUCGUUUCGAGAGUUCGGGAUAUAAAUUUGAAAGGCCUAUCUUGUAGAGAGAUUCAAGAGCUGAACAUGAUUUUCUACUUUCGGUUUUUUGAAAAAACCAAAAUUCGAAAGUUCAUUUUUUCGUGGGCGCUGAAUGAAAUUGCAUUUUCAAUUUCAAUUUCCAAUUUUGCGUUCAAAAAAUUGACCACACACACUCUCUAUCUUCCUCUUUUUCAAAUUUCAAUUUCCAUGCAAACUUUUUUAUUUACUCAACCCAAGUUUCAAGAUCAAUUUCAAAUUUCUCCAGAAUGUCCUAUUCCCUUAUACUUCCUCCAAAUAAAAACAAAACAAACAUUCAACAAAAAUUGUCUUCUCAUCAAUCUCUAUAUUUCUGACAUUUCUAUGACAAUUUUUCAUCGCACACAUGAAAAAAUUGGCGGAAAAUUCCAAGAACCAAAACAUUUUUCCAUGUUUCAAGUACAAAUAGCCGCAGGGCUUGGAUCCACUAAUGCGAUUUUUUCCUGCGCUUCUGAAGAAAAAAAGGCGCGUGAGAGAAAAUGAAGUUGCUUUUUUUGAUGAAUCAAAAAAUAAACUAGGAGGGGAUUUAGAUUUGUGAUCACUUAAUUAAUUUGAAGACUUUCAAAAUGUUGAUAAACGUGGAAUAUUCAAACUUCCGGCGCUAUUUUUGGAUUGGUCGAAACUAUUUUUGGAAUAUCCGCAGGAAGUGCUUUGCACAUUCAUGAAACAAAAAAGACGAGAUGCGAUUAAAUCAACUGGAAAAGGGGUCAUUCAAUGAAAAAUUUGGAUGGGGAACUAUUUGAAAAAUUUUAGAGAUAGCUUAGGCCCCUAGGACAAAUGGUGGAAUAUUUAUGUCUUACUUUAUUCAGAUUUACAGGAACUUCAGAAUUUCAUGAUAAAAUUGCAAAGAAACACUGAAAAAUCUAAAAUGUCCUUCUACCUGAACUACAAGCUUUUUCAAAACCCAGUAUUUUUCCAGGUUGGAAUAAUGGUAACACCUCUCGGCGCCUGGAAUACAAUAACCGGUUCUUGGCGUCUUGGCCGAGUAUUAUGUGAAUUAUGGAUAUCAGUAGAUGUUCUAGUCUGCACAUCUUCAAUUCUUCAUCUAGUCGCAAUUGCUUUAGAUAGAUAUUGGAGUAUCACAGAUAUCUGUUAUGUUCAAAAUCGAACACCACGUCGAAUAAUCUGGAUGUUGGCUGGUAUUUGGUUGACAUCACUUCUAAUUUCAUUAUCCCCGUUGGCUCCUGGUUGGUAUGAUCCAAAUUUUGCAGAGCGGAUUGAAAAUAAUAAUAUUUGCCUGAUCAAUCAGACAAUUAGCUAUCAAGUUUUCUCAACGGCGACUGCUUUUUAUAUUCCGCUUAUUGCGAUUAUUUGUGUUUAUUGGAAAAUUAUGAGAGCUGCGAAGAAGAGAUUCAAAAGAGAACGAGAUCGGAAAACUGUUAUUCGACCACCACCUGAUAAUUUACUGGAUGAGAAAAAAGCGCCACUCAUUAACAAAAAAGUUAAAAAGGUAUGUAUUCUUUUAGAAGUCAAUGAACUUUGAGGUUUCUAAAACCAAAAAAUCUUUUAUUUAUGCAACAAAGUGCAGUGCAGUCAACCUGAUUUCUGGGCUCCAUAGGGGCACUAACAAAAAAGUUCAUUUCAUAAAUAAUUCAUUCAGAUUCCACUUCCACCGGCUGUUGUCAUUUCGGACAUUCAAAAUGGUAAUGGAAUUGUGGCAAGUGGCGGAAAAUCGGGAUCUCUUUCAUUGAAGGUGGGAAUUUCGAAUGAACUCGAGUUAUGAGCUACUCAAAAAAACUUGAAAUAAUGGGCUUCAUUAUUUUUUCGUGCACUUAUUAGAUUCUGAUGAAGUAAUUCAAGACUUGGAAAAUCACGGGAUUUUCGAUAAAAAAUUCAAAUCUUGAGAGAAAUGUUUCCAUUUCAUAACUAAUUUCACAAAAAAUGAAACUUGUAAUUUUUGAAGCCUUGGACAAAAACGUAACAAAACUUUCAAUUUUUCUAGACACAUCGAGAAUCCUCGUCAUCAGCAUCUGAAGAAGAAAGAACUCAAAACAUUGUGACAGCUGAAACGAAAUUGGAUGGUUCGCAAGAAAUGAGUGCAAAACCACGAUCGAAUAGUGGAAUAAUGACGAGACGAAAAAGAAGACCAAAAGAAACUGCCGAAACUAAACGAGAACGAAAAGCAUGGAGAACUUUGGCUAUUAUUACAGGUUGGUUCGGGAAAAAAACAGUCUGCACAUUUUUGGGAUAGAUUUUCUGAGGGCCUUUGCACAUGCCUUCUUUGAACAGGCUCCGUGUAGUCCAAGCUCAGAUUUUGUUCAACCAAAAAUUAAUAUAAUUUCUUUUUCUCUCUUGAAAAAUCAAGUGUCUUCUUCUUUCUAAUCUCAAGAUGCAAAAAAUCUAAUUAUCAACCUCGGCCAAAAAAAAACAACGAAAAAAUUGGGAAAAACAAAAAAAGGGAAUCUCAUCUCAACAAUUUUCAGGCACAUUUGUCGCUUGUUGGACACCGUUCUUUUUGGUCUCAUUAUAUCGACCGAUUUGUGGUUGUAAUAUUCCGAAUGUCUUGGAACAUGUUACGCUAUGGCUUGGUGAGUUUUGAUUGGGCCUUUAUUAUCAGCCUUAUAAUCAGGUUCAGCAGAACUUCAGCUCGGCCACAUGUUUUUCACUUGUAUUUUCUAUCAAUUAAAAUCAACCAAUCAAUUUUUCAGGUUAUUUGAACUCGGCACUGAAUCCAAUAAUCUACACGGUAUUUUCCCAAGACUUUCGGGCGGCUUUCAAACGAAUCGUCAAACGUCUUUGCCUUAUAACAGAAUAUUAA